UCGACAAAUACACGUGCGGAUGCUUUCACAGUGGCAUGGUAGCGUAAUGGCAAUACCUAAUGCCAAGUCAAUGUCUCCUCGAGCGUGUAUGUUCUAGUUAGGAUUCCGAGCGAAAAUUGACAUGGUGUUGGGAGCAUGGCGCGGCUAUCGUACGAGUGCGACAACUCGACGAAGGGCGGCGAGGACGAGGACGCGGUGAGCAAACCCUUCCCUUGCGCUGCCGAUAAGUACUGUUUCUAUUGCUGUUGCAAUCCCCAAUGCUGCUUCGUCAUUCAACGCAGACCCCCAAAACAUUUUUGGGAAGCCUGGUACUUUUGGCUUAGCGUCGCGCUGCUCGUCGUCAUCGUUCUCUCCACGGUGGGAACGUACGUCGUGACUAACUGCAAGCAGAAUCUCCAGGCGAUUGGCUACAGCAUCAGCGUCGGCCGGAAUAAUCGAAGCUCCUUGUUCAGCGGCCGCAGGCAAAACGAGUUACAAGGGAACAGGAACGAGAUUUCCAUAAAUAUAAUACCAACCUCAGCCGUUAUACCGACGCAUAGGAAAAUUAUGCUCAUGGCCCCGCAACCGAGCUGCGCUCACUUAACUCCAAUCGUCGCAUGACCUUUCACCAAGCCCUCAAGAAUUAAAAAACCUUUAUGGUUGAAACCUCGACUCCGUAAGAUCGAAAUCAUAAUCGCCGAGGGCCGAUACUUUACAUCAAAAAUGCCGCUUCCAGCAUGCGAAUCCGCAAACUAUAAAAGAUCCCUCGUGAAGUGAAAAAGAAAGCCAGCGAGACUGACGCGAUAAAACUACGCAGUGCAAACAAGCGGAAGGCGAAGCUGCGGCGCGUUGAAGAACGACGGGAUGGUUACGUCCUUGUCCAAGAGUCUAUGAUUACGAGAAAGCGGCACAUCUUUCACUUUGUACUUUCGAGAGAAGCGCCUUGGCGCUUCACGAGUCCUCUCCUCCAUUUUCUCAUCAUCAUCACCCUCGUCCUCUUCCUCGGCUUCUUCUACUUUCGUACCUGUGAUCUUACG